AUGGCAGAAGGUUUUCUAAAUAGACCAAACACUGAAAGGAGAAUUGAAGAUCUGGGUAGGGAGUGCUUUGAGGAAUUGGUGUCAAGGUCAUUUUUUCAAGCAUCUGGCAAGGCUCAAUCUUUGUUUGUAAUGCAUGACCUGAUUAAUGAUCUGGCUCAGUCCGUUGCAGGAGAAACAUAUUUUAAAAGGGAGAGAAGUGAGGGAAUAGAGAACCCAAGUCGCACUCGUCACUCCUCUUAUGUCAUCGGUGACUAUGACGGAAUCAAAAAGUUUGAGACCUUUUUUGAAGCAAAGUCUCUACGGACCUUCUUGCCCUUUGACACAAAGAUGCGGAUGCAGUAUGAUGAGUGCUUCUUAAGCAAUAACGUUCUCGAUGAUUUACUGCCGAGAUUGAAAUGCUUGAGGGUGCUCUCUUUGAAAAGGUACCACAACUCCGAGAUACCAGAUUUUAUUGGAAUCUUGAAACAUCUACGUUAUCUAGAUUUCUCUUAUACUGAUAUUAAGAGCUUUGCCAUCAAGCAUUAUGCUGGCAUAUUGCUUCCUAUUUGGAUAGGGGAUCCUUCAUUUGAAAAGUUGCGAUCUUUAAAGUUUGAAGAUUGUCGAAAUUGUGCAUUAUUACCUGCAGUUGGGAAGCUACCAUAUUUAAAAGAUCUUUACAUCAAGGGGAUGAGCAGUGUGAUUAGUGUUGGCAAGGAAUUCUAUGGAGACAAUUGCCCAAAUGUAUUUCCAUUGUUAGAGACAUUACAUUUUGAUGAUAUGCCAGAAUGGGAAGAGUGGGAGCCUUGUGAAGUUGUUGAAGAAGGUAGAAAAUUCAGUUGCCUCCAAAAACUCUUCAUUAAAAAUUGUCCCAAAUUGGUUAGAACUUUGCCCGAUAGCCUUCCUUCUCUGGAGAAAAUUGUAAUUCGUAAUUGCCAAAAAUUGGUAGUUUCAAUUUCAAAUCUUCCAAUGCUAUAUGAAUUAAAAAUUCAUGGAUGCAAGGCAGUAGUGCUCGGGAGUUCUAGUGAUCUUUGGUCAGUGAAAAAAGUCUUUCUUUCAGACACAGCAAAGUUUGAAUGUGUAACAAAAGAAAUGAUGUUAGAGUCAAUGAAAGUAGAAGAUCUCAGUAUUGAUGGUUGUGAGGAGCUAGCUUCUUUAUGGCAAACAAAGUGGGGGUGGUUGGCAUCUUUGAGAUCUCUUCAUAAUUUAAAGAUUCAACAUUGGCCACAAAUUGUGUCUAUGGGAGCUGCAAAGGUGGAGGAACAAGCAGAGCUUGUGCAAUUAGACAUACCCUGCAACAUUGAACAUUUGACAAUCCAAGGUUGUGAAGGCUUAGAGAAGUUAUCAGCCACCUUGCAAAGCCUCAUGUGUCUUAGAAAGUUAGAGCUUGUGGAGUGCCCAAAAUUGGUUUCGCUUUUGACAGAUAACUUGCCUCCAACUCUUAAAAGUUUGAAGAUCCUCUGUUGUAAGAAUUUGCAAUGUUUACUGGACGACAGAGAGAAUAUCAAUUUCAGCGGCACAUCUCUCCUUGAAUCUCUUGAAAUUAGUAAUUGUGAAGCUCUAAAAUCAGUAUCAUCAAGCGGUAAGUUACCGGUGAGGCUUAAAUCUUUGAGAAUCUGGUGGUCAAAGCUUGAUUAUAUAGCACUUGAAAUUGGGGAUAAUAUUUGUCUUGAAUCUAUUGAACUCAUCCGGUGUACAAAUAUUAAAUAUUUACCCGAAGGACUGGACAGGCUGAGCCGUCUUCAAUGUAUUGACCUUGGAGGUUGUUCAAAUCUGGAUUGUUUCCCAGCAAGUGGCUUGCCUGCCUCCAACCUCAAAUCUGUGUCGCUCUCUGGAUGUCUGAAACUUGAAGUUCUGCCCAACUUCUACUCUCUUCAGGAGUUGUGGAUAAGUAAUUGUCCAAUGAUGAAAUCAAUUGGAGAAGCCGGUUUGCCUACCAACUUGACAUCACUUUUCAUGUAUGAUCCCAAUUUUAGUAAGGUAGUAAUGGAGUGGGGAUUGCAUAGACUCACCUCUCUUAAAAAACUUCGCAUUGAUGGUAGUGAUUUUAUAGAUGUCGUAUCGUUUCCACAUGUGAAGAUAGGAAUGAAUAUGAAGCUGCCCCCAUCUCUUACCCGUUUUGAAAUCAUAAAUUUCAAAAAUCUAAGAAAGCUAUCCUCCAAAGGCUUUCAAAACCUCACCUCUCUUCAAUUUUUGAGUAUUGAGAAUUGCCCAAAGCUCAAAUCCCUUCCCAAAAAGGAAAUGCUUCCCUCCCUUUUGGUGCUAUUUAUUUAUAAUUGUCCAGUGCUGAAGAAAAGGUACAGAAGGGACAAAGGAAAACUAUGGUCUAACAUUGCUCACAUACCAUGUGUACGCAUUGACAAUUAAUUUCAAUGAUCAAGUGAAGAAUAAUUAGAGCAUGUCUCAAGGACUCAGAUGUUUAACUCUAGAAGAGCGUUUUAUAGACAAGUCUCCAAUGGUGUUGAAGGAUUGUUGGAUGUGGCCUUGUCUUGUUUCGACAAGAGGGGAUAGGAUUGGUAUUAGAAGAGGGAUUUCUGUCCAAAGGCUUUCAAAACCUCUGGACCGAAAAAAAUGUUAGUUCUCAAACUUUUAUCCUCUUGAUCACUGUAGGUAGGCCUACUAGAAAAUCUUCGUUAUCAUUAUAAUCUGUUCUCUUUUUUGAGAAUAGAAUCAGUACAUAUUUUUACUUUCAAAAGUUGAGUAAAUUUUUACCUUUAUUAUCUUAUAUUGUCACUUUCUUGGUAAUCUGCAUCAUGCUAUUAAUUAUCUUCAUUACCAGCUUUCAAAUAAUUUUGUGGAGUAGUAAGUGAGAGAUGGUGCUGACUCCUGAUGCAUUCUUGAUGUUGGAAGCCAGGUAGUUUAAAGCUAAUAUCAUUUUUCAUAAAAUAUUUAUUGUUAAUUAAAAUGAAGAUCAUUGAAAUAAUGAAUGUCAUUGCACCAGAACAGAGAACUAUAGAUUUUUUCUAUUAAGAAUGUGCCAACAUGCUAUCACAGUCAAUAAAUCAAUUUUGUUCGCAUUAAUCAUUGUCUUUUAUUUUUCAAUUUAUGUACAUUGUUUAAAAGGAAGUUUUAAACUUUUUUUCCCGACUGGAACUAAUCCUAGAAAUUGAUUGUUCAGUGAAGCAGGGGGGGAAAAAAGAAACUGGAAAAGAAGGAAAAAGAGCAACUUUGUUAUUCUGGCACUGUUUCGUGGUUGAUAUAGAUUUUUUAUUCUGGUAUGACUUUUCUAAGGAAAUUCAAUGCUUUCUUUGUUUUGUUUAAUUGAUGAUGCUUACCUACAACCUGUAGAGCUUAUUUCUUUAGUUCUAUAUUGUUUUGACUGUUCUUGAAGUGAUCUUUAUUCGACUUUGUACCAUGUCUUUUGUAUGG